CCGUGGCACGGCGGCCGCGUCCGUCGCCUUCCUCCUCCCUCCUUCCGCCCUUCCCCUUCCCCUCCCCCCUUCCCAGACGCUUCUAGAAAUUUCCAGAGGCCCGCUCCCCGGCCUCCGGUGAAGCGGCGAGAUGUACGGCCUCCUGACCUCGCCGUGCCCUCGGGCCCCGCUGCUCCGCGCGCUCCCGAGCCCGUCCGCCCGCGCGCUCCCGAGAACCCUAGCCUUUCCCGCGCGCCCGGCCCCCCGCGGCCUCCGCCUGUCCCCGCCCCCGCGCGCCGCCGCGGAGGCGUCGGCGGCGGCCACGGCGCUGGGCGGGCUGCUGUCGUCGCCGCUCUCGGCGCUGGAGGCCGGCCUGCGGAGCGUCAACCUCGCGCCCCUGCGCGCCCCCGUGGCCGCGGCCAUGUCGGCGGCCGUGCGGUGGCUCGGCGUGUACCGCGAGGUGCUGCUCGUCGGCGUGCUGCUCUCCUGGUUCCCCAACAUUCCCUGGGACCGCCAGCCCUUCUCGGCCCUGCGCGACCUCUGCGACCCCUUCCUCGCCCUCUGCCGGGAGGUCAUGCCGCCGGUGUUCGGGCGCAAGCUCGACCUCAGCCCGCUCGUCGCGUUCAUGGCCAUCGACAUCAUCAUUAUGAUCCUGCGCCCGCAGCCGCGCAUGUGAUGACUCGCUGCAGCAACGUGCAGAAUGAUGUUGCAGGGGUUGGAGAAUGGUGGUUGGUAUGUUAGGUUUUGACUACGGGAACAAUGGAUCAUAGGCUAUUUUUGGUCAUCAGAAGGGAAGGAAAGCUGCUGCUUAAUUCUACCAAGGCAAGAAAGUGGCGGUUGGAUGGAUUAGCUUUGGCGAUCCCAGUAUAGCUGUUAAGGUAGUAGUGCAAUAUGAAUCAUUUCGAGACAUCAGUAGACAAUUGUAGCUUCACUGCUAAAACUUCUUUCAUUUGUGGUUUUUGAUGGUUGCUCUAGUAAUAUACGUGUUGGCCCAGUAUUGCAGUUUUGCCUUGUACUCAUUUAAUCCAUCUGUUAUAUUGUCUGGCAGUGUAA